AUGAAUUCGUCUGAACGAAAGAAAAUCGAACGAUUCAUUUGGGGAUUGACCUCCCCGAUUCAAAGAAAUGUGAUCGCUGCAAAACCUGAAACGUUCGACAGUGACAAGAGGUUGGCCAAGAAGUUGUACGACCACAACAACAAAAACAGUCGGAAGCCAGCGGAAGUUGAGGGCAAGAAAGAGGAUGACAACAAGAAAGGGAAGAACAACAAGAGGAAAGGGCGACAAGGCUCGGAAUCGGCAAAGAAGCAACAAACAGUGACGGUCAACGCUGCAACCCCUCAAGAUCGUCAUAUGGAAGAAGCAAUGCAUUUACUUCAACCAAAUAACGACGAACCGAAUGUGCUAAUACGCCAGGAAACUACUCAUGAAGCAGCCAUCUGGGUUGAAGUUGGCGACAAGAGGAAAUUUGAGGGAUAUUUAAGGUCCAACAAGAACUACAUGUUCUCAAACUCUGGAGGAGGAAGUGGUAAUGAAAAAUUGGGUGAGAAGUGCAAAAAGAAACACUCUAGAAAAUAUCGUAGGAAGGUGACUUGUUUGAAGUGUGGGAAAAUUGGGCAUUACGCGAAUGAAUUUAACAAGAGGAUGUGUUAUGGAUGUAAGGAAGAAAGUCAUAUUUCUAGGGACUGCCAAAAGAAAAAUAAAGGAGCAAGAACGAAUGCGCCUCCAAAGCCAGAUGAUCCUUGA